AUGGAAGUUGAUCCCGAUCAAGAAGCGGAAUCACUGGGAGGAAUGAGCGAAGCAGUGGACUAUUCCGAUGCUGAAUCGACUCACUCAGUUUCUGAUGACACCGACGAGGAGAUGGAUAUUGCUGAUGGAGCUGUCGGCAUAGAGGAUCACUUGGCUGCCGAUGAGCUCAAGAUCGGGCUCGGAGAGAUCAAGGUCGCUGCCGUCGAGCCCCGAUUCUCGCAGGAGUUCAUCCAACAGGUUCAGAGAGAGGCAGAGGAUUACCCUCAUUAG